AUGUCAACUGCUGUUUCAAUAUCGGCAAGAAUCGAUAGAAUUAUCGCACGAAUAGAAAAGGUAAAAGUAUUUGAACAUCAUUGGACGCUUAUUGGAAAAAACUUAACUCGACUUCGACGUGAAUUGAAUGAGGCGGGUAAAAAAAAAGAUGGGACUCAUAGAGAAAAAAAGAUUUCACAAACAAUCCAAGCCAUCGAACAAGUUGCUAUUAAUUGUUGUGGUGAUCAAUCUGCAUCGAAAGGAAUUGUCGAUCGUGAGCUCGAAUCGUUAUUGUUUCGUCUUCAGUUGCGCCUUGCACAACUUCAAGCUAAUUUAACAGAUGACUAUCAAGCUAAAGUCAAUAUACUCAGUGACACUUACCAUGAUCAGCAGCUUCUUGUGCAGAAGAUUUACGAUGAAAAGAUGAAACGAAGAUUAGAGGAAAUUGAACAACGGACAAAGGAGCAGAUGAAAGAAGAACUUGGUCAAUUGCGUACCAAACAUACAAAGACGAUUGAAUCUUAUCUUCGCUGUUGUAUGGAGUUGCAUAAAAGUGUACCACUUAGUAGUCUUAAAGGCGAAGUUGUUGGUAGAGUUGCUAAGAUUUUCUAUGGACUUUCUUCUGAAGCUCAGAUUGAAUUCGAACAGAAAUGGCAAGGAUGCGAAUUGCCUCUCACUCGUACAUUUAUUCAAUUGAGAUCUGAUAAGUCCACAGCAUUCGAAAGAGUCGAAUCACGACGAUUACUCAAUGGACCAGAAAUCAACUUAUUCCAAGACCAAGACAAUAAGAGACAAGUGGCGAAUGGCCUAAGUCAACAAUUGGUGUCAGCACCCUACAUGUUAUCAAUGGUUGAACGAGGUCAAUGUGUUCAACAAGAAGAAAAAGAAGAGGAAAAUGUUAGUGAGGAAGAUGUUCUUCGAACAAAACGUUGGAUUGUUAUUUUGGGUGAACCGGGUAGUGGAAAAACGAGUUUUGCUCGAUGGCUUGUUCAUCAUCUUGCUGAAAAACUUCUUUCCAACCGACAAAAUUCGACUGAUUUCGAUUCGCUUCGAAUCCCGAUUCUGAUUCGUGUCAGAGAAUUUGUCGAACUUUUGAGCAAAUCGUCUUCAUUGACUCUAUUUGAAUAUAUUGGAAAACACACAUGGAUGGGUAAAACUAAUGCUGAUGAUCAAUCGAUUUCUCUUGAUAGCUUAUCGAGUGCUAUUCAAGAUUACAUCGAACAAGGUCAAGCAUUGAUUAUUCUCGAUGGUCUCGAUGAGAUUCCCAUUUCCGAUCAACGUUCUAAAGUGAUCAAUAUUGUUGAAAACUUUGUCGAAACUUAUGUUCAAACACCGACAGGUAGGUCUGUCUUCGAUAAUCUACAUUUGAGCAGGUAUUUCGAUAAUCCAUCUCAAUCUGGAGGAAAUCAGUUAAUUAUUACAACUCGUAUUGUGGGCUAUCAUGCUGCUCCUUUAGCUGGUCAAUUCGCUCAUUAUACAAUUCGACCCAUGGAUAUGGAUCAUAUGAAAGACUUUGUUGAUUAUUGGUUUUAUAGUGUUCAUCAACAGAUUAUCGAUAUGUUAAACCUUUCAAAAGGCAAUCAAGGGAAGAAUCAUGGUGAAACACUUAAACAAGAAUUGCAAAAAGAAGAAAAUGCUAAUCUUCUUGAUAUGGCUUCGAAUUCUUGUCUGAUGUCAUUCAUUUGUAGUGUAGCUUUUAGUCAAUCCAAUGGUUCGCCAUUACCUAGUCGACGUAUUGAACUUUAUCAAGACAUUGUCGAUUCUAUGCUGAAUUCCUGGAGUAGUAAAGGAUCGACUGUUAGCAUAUCGAAGUUAAUUCUAAUUCUAAGUGAUAUUGCUAUUUAUAUUCAUCAAAAUUCUACUUCUGGUCUCAUUCACGAAGAUAAGAUGAAAGAAAUUUGCAUUGAAUCGAUCAAAGCUUUCUUAAUUGGAAAACUGUAUAGUGCCGAAGAUCUUUGUGUGAUCGAAAACCAAACAAAUGAACUCGUACGAAUAUCUCGUGAAGACGUUGAGAUUUUGGCUGCUCGAGGUGAAUCUCUUUAUGGAUUCCUUCAUUUGACAUUUCAAGAAUAUUUUAUUUGUUUGAAACUUAUCGAUGUCGAUCAAUUAAAACAUGAGAAAUUGGCUCUUCCAGAAUCCUCUUCAGAACAUAAAGUUCAUCUUGUGACUCAAUCGUUGCGUCGUCAUAUGAAUGAUCCACGUUUUCGAGUACCAAAUGCACUUGCUCUGGGUAGGAUUAGUUCUUGUUGGUUACCGAACGAUUUUGAUGAUUUCUGCCGUGAAUUUAUUCAAGCUAAAGACGAAUCCGAGUCUCUUUUACCAAUUGGUGCUUUUAUGUUAAUUACUUAUGCCAAUGAUCUUGCUCAUUAUCCUUCGAACAAUAUUCUGUUUGAUGCAUUGGAUCAAUUAAUCAUUGCAGCUGGUCAACAUCAAUGGUCAAUUAUUUGUCCAUUUCUUGUCGAUCGAAUUGUAAUUGCACUAAGAAAACUUCGAAAUGACACUGUUCCACUGUGGAUUAAUAAUCUUUUGUCUCAAUCUCCACCACACAGUAUUCAAACGAUUUCAGCUCUAUGUUAUCUCCUUGAAGGAAAACCUGGUGAAUUUGAAAACAUUCAUUGGUUAGAUCAAUCUUCUUGUUCGAUACUUCAAUCUUUUUCAACACUAGACAAUGAAAAUAAUCAAUUUGCAAUUGAUCGAUUGUUAGUCAAAAUUUCUUUCUCUAACCAUCGUUUGUUAUCUGUUCAUCCAAACAGUUUAAAAGAGUUUUUAAUUACACAAAAAAUUGAAUUGCAUUCAAUUCCUGCUUUUCUUUUUCCUUUAAUCAUUACUCUGUACGGUGGUUUGAAGCGAGAUAAUCAAUCGAUCGUCUUCGAUCCGUUUCAUAUGUAUCGUGAGUCAACUGCAGUAACACAAAUUUUGAUACGUUUUCUUUCCAUAAAAGAUCGUAAUAAGAACGAUAAAAAUUUGAUCAACAUCAAAGAAGACUUUAAGGAAGCUCUCCUUACACGAAUAGAGAUUGACGAUCAAUCUUCAGAGACUGUCGAUCUUUGUAUUGCGACGAUCUGUUUGUACGGCAUCGACUUCGUGCGAAAAACUGACAAAAUCAUCUCAAAUGGUUUUUUUAAUAUGAGUGUCAGUAGAUUCAAAUAUGUUUCAAUGAUUUUACGUCAAUUCUAUUUUGCUAGUGACGAAAACGAUCGUUCUAUUGAAAAUGAAGCAACAACGUUUAUUUCAACGUUAAUCAAAAUAGUUAACUUAGAUCAAUCAUCAAAGAAGUUAUUUAUAAGUCUUAUAGACUCAUUAAGAAGUGGCAUGGCUCGCUUGCGAUCUUCUACAAGAUCAAUUUUACUCAAAGGAGAAUCAAAACCUGCUAAAAGAGUGACAUUGAAUCUGUCCAAUUCUCUUCGCAAAGAGUCUCAAUUUUUCAUGCGUCUAUUAUCGACAGAUAUACAAUUCGAUUGUGGUCGAAAUUCUUGUUCUUUGCUUCAUAAUUUCAUUAGACUUUUCUGGAUAUUAGAGCAUGACCAUAUGUUUGACACACCGUAUAGAGUGGCUGUAGCUCUGGACGACAUACAGCAAUAUUUACUAUUUCACAAUGAUGAAGAUUUCUUAUUUCCAUUUAUAUUUGUUCCACAACAUUUAAAUAACCUUUACUUUCAAUUACUAAAACAAGAGUUUAUUAUAAUCGAUUCAAAAGGUUCGAAAACCGACGACAAAGAAUAUCUUUGUUUUAGUCAUAUUUUAAUUGAAUGUUUAAUGGCAUUGUCAAAUGCAUCAUGUAAUGGAUUUUCGCUUCUAGGUGCUUUAACUGCAUUACUACCUAUGCUUCGAAUGCAUCAAUUAGAUAAUUUUGGAAGCAGUCUAUUAUGGACGUUACCUAAAAAAUUUUCUUACUUUCUACAAGGAUUUGAAGCACAUAGAAAGUUUUCGAUGGAUUAUGAAACUGGUCUAUACUUGGAUAAAAUUGAUAACUAUCCUCCUGGUGACGAUAUGUCAGAUGAAGAGCGACGAACACUCGUACAAGCAUGUAUUAACCAAGAACAUAAACGACUUCGAAAUUCUUUGAUUGAACAUGACGAAAGAAGUAUAAAUCUCUAUUCUGCAUGUGUCUCUUUGGCAUGCAUUUGCAGAUGGGCUCAAGAUGACAGAAAAUUACAUUUACUAGAAGAGAGUGUUCGAGGAGCAAUGUCCAUUGAGUCGAAACUUGUACGUCUCGAUGCAUUAAGUGUCAUUCUUCUUUAUUCGCACUCAGACUGUCAUCGAAUUCAAGCUAGUAAUGGUAGAUCUCUGCAAAAAGAAAUCGAGCAUCAAUUCAAUGAAAUCUUCCCAGAUUUACCUAUUCUAUUACACACAGCUAUAUUUAUUCGAUGUUUACCUCUUCUUCAACGUCAAGACACAAUUGAGAAUUGGCGAAAAAGUCUCCUUCACAAGUUGACCGAUGCAGAUCAACAAGAUCAACAAAUUGUCUACGAAGCCUUGUCACCAUAUAUGCAAUCGAAUUCUUCCUUCGUUCCAUUUCAACAACAUACUUUGAACGAUUUAACGAAAGAGAAUAACGUUGAUCAUAACAACACAAUGAACAGCAAAUCUUUCAUAUUGAGAGAAUGUUUUACUAUGGAUCCAUAUGAAAGUGUAUUGAAUGAAUCCUUAUCUUUAUCACUGCUUCUUUCCAACAUGUAUCUUGUCGAGCUAGCAAAUGAACUUCAUGGAUAUAUUGGGACCAAUGAGCAUUUGUUGUAUGUGUCAAAUACUGAUGCAUCGACAAGAGAUGAGACGAUAAUAAUAAUGAAAUUAUUUCAAUUGAAAAGUCCUAUUUUGACAGUUGCACAAGCAUCGACAAUAACGGAUCUUCUUUCCUCUAAUUUAGCAUCAAAUCGAUGGAAAUACUCGAAGAAGUUUUGGGCUAUUUUAAACAAUGCAUUACAUCGUUUACAUUUGGUUGAAUUCAAAGCCUGUCGACUGAUUGAAUGUUGGAUGAGAUGGAAAGAAUCAGCCGAACUUUCUUUGUUUGCUUUUCAUGCUGCAUUACUUCUUGCUCAAUCAGAUUUCUGGUCUGUUGAAGUUGCCACCAUUGUAUGUGAUCUUUUGUGUUGUGAAAAUGAUCGUUUUCGUCAAAAAGCUGAAAUGAUUUUGCGAUCAAGAAGUGACUACGAUUGUCGAACGAGUUCCAAACUGGAUAUCGAUGUUUUAUUAACUUUAACAAAGAAAAUGGCUAACUUUCAACAUACUUCUCCAUUUGCCAAGUUAACUUUAUCUCGCAUGUUUAAUCAUAUAACCAUAGAUACUCAAUCUCAUCUAGAAACUUUCCUUUGGUUAGAAAGAUACAGAAUUUAUGCAUUGAUAUCUAAAAAAACUUCAUUGAACAAAGUGAAUACGUCGCCAAUUUCUCAAUAUACUACGUAUUUCCCAACUGACAUUACCAUCGACGUAUCUUUUUGUGGUCAAAUACGAAAUAUUUCUGGGGAUUUGCUACAAUUUAUGUGUGAUCUGAUUCCAUCGAAUUUAUCAUCAUUCUUGGAUAUAGAUGGUGACAUAACAUCGAAGUUGAUUUUGAAAAGUCACAUUCGAUUUGUUGUUUCAGUACUUGUGUCUUUAGCUACUUUAUCCGCUUAUGAUGAUGAAACACGACCAUUGAGAGUCGACGCUUUGAUAACAUUACUUGAAACAUCGAGAAACAAUGCGAUAUGUCAAGCAGCAGCAUAUGCUCUUGGUUACAUUCUGGAUGAAGAAACGUAUAAAAAAUUGUUUAUCAAGCUCAAGAUACUGGUGAAAAAGGGAAUAAAUAAGACUUCCAAUGAUUCUAGCUAUUUGAUUAGUGCAUUGAUUUCAAGUUAUUGCCAUUAUAUGGCUGUGUGCAAGAUUGAUUUUGAUAAAGAUGAUAUUGAUCUAUUUCGUCAGUUGCUCAAAAAUUCUUCGGAAAUUAUUUUGAAAACAGUGCACAUUGGACUUGCACGUGUUUUGAAGGAGAAAUCGAUGUUCUUUGAAAUGGUCGGCUCUGAUGAUAUUCAAUGUUAUCAUGCACUCAUUGGGUCCACCGCAUAUUUUUUUGCAUAUGAUGUUCAGCAAAGGUGUGCAGAAAACACGGCAGAAUUCAUCGAAGAACAUCCACAUCUUCUGCCAAUUUUUAUCGUUGAAUUGUACAAUAGUAUCCGUCACUUCACUAAAGACGUAGUCUAUCGUGAAACAACAGACAAUAUUUUGGCGUACGGGUAUCCUCAAUAUGUGGAAGUUGCAAGUUUAAUCGCGGUACAAAUGCCAGCAGCAUUUAUUUCUUGCAUCAAAGAUUGUGGGUAUGAAGAUAACUUGAAACGCUCAUUAUCCUAUACGAGUAAACAACAUGAUUUUUCACGACGUAGUGCCUGUCUAACCAUCUUAUCAGUAUUUGGCGAACUUACAGUCCAAUUAUGUGAAAUGUUGAUUGAAUCUCUAUGUCAUGAUCUACAUAUUCAAAAUACUUGUUAUAAAUGUUUGACACGUAUCAAGUCUAUUAAAGAUGAGAAUGCUGUUCGAAAUCUUUUAUUUAUCUGUCUGAAAUCGAAAUCCAUGAAUAUUCGAUAUGCUGCAACUCAGAUGCUUUUGCAUUUCUCUCAAUCUUCUCUGAUUCCAUUUGAUCAAGUUCUACCAGCAUUCAAUGAACUUAUGUCGGAUCCAACUUCCGAAGAAGAUCUCUGGUUGAUAGAAGAGCAGGAGGAUAUCCUUACAGAGUGCACAUACUAUUGUGCUGGACCAUUAAAAAAUGUUAUCUAUUCUCUUCUGGUGCAACAUUUAAUUGGCGAUGCAAGUCGAGUUGUUCAAAGAAAUGAGCUGAACGAUAUUGACUGGGAUUUUCUUCAAUGUGAAAAGGCAUCACGUCUCGCUGCAUGUUUUUAUGAAGAGAAAAAAGAAGAAGAGAACUUGAAAAUAGAGAAACCAUCUAAACCAAGUUCUUUGAUCGAUGAUGAAGGAAAUUCUACUUCGCACCAUCCAUCCCCUACUCACGGCAAACCUGAUGAUGAUGAGAAACCAUCGACCCAUGAAGAGCAAGGAUGUGACGAUCAUGUUCAAUUAUUUGAAAAUGAAAAAGAACCUGUUGAGAAAGUGGCAAUUAAUAAUGAUGUGAAAAAAAAGAUAGAAAACAAAGAUAUUGAAUCAUCUAUCGUCGGUGUUGACAGUUAUCCCUCUCAGCCUGCAUCAAGAUUAUCUAUUGCUCCGAAAAAGAAGAGCACACUGUGUGUCCUUCUUUAG